AUGAAACAGGAAGCUUUAUAUCGACAUGACAUCAAGCCAAGGGUACACAUUGUUCUUGGAUGCUUUGUUUGGCCAGUAAAAGGAGCACUGCUUUUGCGUUUUAUCACUCUACUGGUUUGUGGAACAGAAGGAUAUAAGCUAUUGUUAGGGUUUCAGGCACCCUAUAACAUCUCAUUCCCUUUCAGUGCACUGAGGCUAGGCUCUGCCAUGCAGAUUGCCAUUGAGAAAGUGAACUCUAACCCCUCCUAUCUUACAAACUACACCCUGGACUUUGUUUAUGCUGACUGCGACUGCAAUGCCAAGGUUUCCUUAAGUGCCUUUAUCCAUCAGGUCCAGAACCAGAAGAUCUCGGCACUCUUUGGGCCAGCAUGCCCAGACGUAGCAGAGGUAACAGGCCUGCUGGCCUCUCAGUGGAACAUUCCAAUGUUUGGAUUCAUCGGUCAGUCCAAGAAGCUGGAUAACAUUGUGAUGUAUGACACCUACGUGAAACUGGUGUCUCCUCUUCAGAGGAUGGCUGAAGCCCUUGAAAAAGUCCUUGCAUACUUCAAGUGGAAACAUGUUGCCCUCUUUGGAGGUGCUUCUGACAGCUCUACAUGGGACAAAAUAGAGGAACUAUGGAAUGUUGUAGAAAAGCAGCUGAAAGAGAACUUCACUGUCACUGCAAGAGUAAAAUAUGAUACCAGGAAUACUACCCUUCACCAGGAAAACCUCAAACAUGUCUCUUCUGUUGCCAGAAUUAUUGUGUUAAUCUGCAAUUCUGAAGAUACUCGAUCGAUAAUGCUGGAAGCCAAAGAACUGGGCCUAGUGAAUGGGGAGUUUGUGUUUUUUGUUCUGCAGCAACUAGAGGAUGAUUUUUGGAAAUCCACGACUAAUGAUGGGAAGGACAAGACUUCAUUGUUAGCCUAUGAAAGUGUGCUCCUGAUUGCAUUGAAAACAUACAGUGGAUUCACUUACUAUGACUUUAUUCAGCAAGUCUAUCUGAAACUGAAGGAAGCUCCCUUCCUUAGUAAUAUUACCAUGGAAAAAGAGGUCAGUUCUUACUCUGCUUACCUGCACGAUGCUGUGAUGCUAUACGCAUCUGUCCUGAAUGAAGUAUUAAAGGCUGGACAUGACCCCCAUGAUGGCAGAACACUUACUAAAUAUAUCAGAGGUUCUAACAAAUUCCGAUUUUAUGGCAUAACUGGCAUGGUAAAUAUUGAUGAAUAUGGAGAAAGAUACAUGGAUUAUUCUGUAUUUGACCUUCAGCAUUUUGGCAAUAUUUCAAAGUUUGUUCCGGUGCUUCACUUUGACAGCUACAGAAAAGUAAUGAGUCCCACAACAGAAUUCUCCUAUAUCACAUGGCUAGCUGGAUCUGUUCCAAAGGAUAAACCUCCUUGUGGAUUUAACAAUGAACUUUGUGUCUCUAUAAGCAAAAACAUACAUAUUAUUAUUCUGAUUAUUGCUGUUGUGGUCUUGGUGUUUGCCGCAGCUGGAUUUGUAACUUGCAUAUCUGCUCAGAAACUCAGAUUGCAAAAACAAGCCGAGGAUACCUGGUGGAGAAUAAACUAUGCAGAUAUCAUAAUUAUUCAAGAGAAUAAGGGAACACAGAACAGAAGAUUAUAUUCAACAGCAGAGGAAAACGGAAGUUACGGCUCUAGUACUGUCAUUUCAAGCAACACAAGCUAUGGAUUCAGAGACAAACAGGGCAAAGAAGUUGUCUAUACUACCGUAGGUCUUUACCAGGGUAGCCAUGUUGCUGUGAAGUACCUUGGCAAACAGAUAACUACAGAUGUAAAGAAGCCAUCAAUAAUUGAAGAAUUUCGAGUGAUGCGUGAGCUGAGACAUGAAAAUUUGGACAUUUUUGGUGUUUGUCUCGAACCACCACAUAAAUGCAUCGUUAUACAGUACUGCAAAAAAGGAAGCUUAAGGGAUGUACUGAGAAACUCUGACAUUGAACUGGAUUGGAUGUUCAAGAUAUCAUUUGCUUAUGACAUUGUUAAUGGGAUGCUAUUUAUUCAUAACAGCCCUCUAAAGUCCCAUGGCAACCUUAAACCUUCAAACUGUUUGGUAGAUAGUCGAAUGCAAGUCAAACUUUCUGGAUUUGGAUUAUGGGAAUUCAGAUAUGGAUCCAAACAUCACACACUUACUGGUGAAGAUGUAAAAUAUGAAGAUUUGUACUGGACAGCCCCAGAGCUUUUACGUCUGAAUGAAUUACCUUUUAAUGGUACUCAGAAAGGUGACAUUUUUAGCUUUGCUGUUAUAAUGAGAGAGCUAAUUUAUGACAAUGAAGAAGGCCCAUACCACGAUGUGAACAUGACAGCACAAGAAAUAAUUACCAAGAUUAAAGAUUACAGACUUUGCACACCACUCAGACCAUCACUAUCAUCAGAAAAGUGUCAUGAAAGGAUAAUUGUCAUGCUGAAAUCUUGCUGGGAUGAACAUCCAGAGAGAAGGCCAAGCUUUGCAACUAUUAAACGGGGAUUAAGAGAAGCAAGUCCAGAAGGUCAUGUCAGUAUUUUGGACAAUAUGGUCAACAAACUGGAAAAGUAUGCAAAUCACCUGGAGGAGGUAGUAGAAGAAAGAACUACUCAACUUAUAGCUGAAAAGAGACGGGUUGACAGACUUCUAUCAAGCAUGCUUCCUGGUUUUAUAGCAGAGCAGCUUAUGGCUGGAAAAUCAGUGGAGCCAGAAAGCUUCACCUCAGUCACUAUCUCUUUCUCUGACAUAGUUGGCUUCACCAAGAUGUGCGGAAUCAGUACACCUCUGCAGGUCGUUGAUCUACUCAAUGAUCUCUACAGUUUAUUUGAUGACAUCAUUAAAAACUAUGAUGUAUACAAGCUCUUCUUAUGCUGCCUAUUGCUAAAUGGCCCUGUAGUUGCUGGGGUCGUAGGCGUUACUAUGCCACGCUACUGUCUAUUUGGCGACACUGUGAAUGUUGCAUCCAGAAUGGAAAGUAACAGUUUACCAUUAAAGAUCCAUGUUUCAGAAAGCACUGCACGAGAACUGUAUAACAUUGGUGGCUACGAACUUGUGGAAAGGGGAGAUAUUCAAGUGAAAGGAAAAGGAAGGCAGAAGACAUACUGGCUGAAAAAUAAAGAAUCGUUAAACAUGCCUUUACCUGAUUUUGACAAUAAAAUGGAAGAGAAUCUCAAGGAUCUUUCAAAGGUAUCAACAGGAACUUACACUACUAGACAAUUGUCUCACAAUUAA